CUUCAUUACGGAGCCGUCCGGAGUGAAGGAGGACAGGGAGGCGAGCUGUGAAGGCGAACAGAUGUGAACCGGACUACGGAAAGAGAAGAAGCUGCUGUGGUAAAGACGGAGACCCUCUCACUCUGCUAAUAUGUGGCAACCCGCGUCGGAGCGACUGCAGCACUUUCAGACCAUGCUGAAGACCAAGCUAAAUGUGCUGACGCUGAGGAAGGAGCCAUUGCCCACGGUGAUCUUUCAUGAGCCCGAGGCCAUUGAGCUCUGCUCUACCACACCGCUCGCAAAGAGCAGGACCCAUGCUGGAUACAAGGUGACCUACCUUGGCAAGGUGACAAUCUCUGGGACCCAGUUCUUGUCUGGCUGCACGGAGUCGGCUGUGGUCGGUCUGGUGGAGCGUCGUGCCCUGGCCCAGCAGCAGGGCACCUGCCCCGCCGGCAACUCUCUGCUGGAGAUUCGGCCCUUCCAGGUGCGUCUUCACCACCUGGAUGAGCGCGGCGAGGCCUCAGUAACCAUGGACACCUACCAGGUGGCGCGCAUCGCCUACUGCACGGCCGACCACAGCAUCAGACCCAACGUGUUUGCCUGGAUCUACCGGGAGAUCAACGACGACCUGUCCUUCCAAAUGGACUGCCAUGCCGUGGAGUGCGAGAGCAAGCUAGAGGCCAAGAAGCUGGCGCACUCGAUGAUGGAGGCUUUCCGCAAGACUUUCCACAGCAUGCGUAGCGACGGGCGCAUCCACAAGAGCGGGUCAACGGACGACUUUGCUGAGGACUCGUCCACCCCUGAAGACUCGACCCCAGACGACGGUUGAACCGAAACUCGCUCAAACUCCUGAUCCCCAUCCUAAAAAAGUGAGGGGUGACCGGAAGGAUGGACAGAUGACCUGCUCUCUCUCUCUCAUUCCCCCGUACUAUCGCUUUCUGUUAUCAAUUUAGAACAAAAUUUACUGACCCUGUGAACCAACUCACCCUGGAUAAUGAAGUAGAUUUAAAAUGCUGUAACGGGAAGGUAGAUGAAACAGAGUUACAGCAGACCUACAUUUACAUGCAGGGAUAGCAAAGUGCUGCCACUUUGAGUAAAUGACCCUCAAAGACCCACUGGGGGCUUUCGAGCACCUCUGUAAUCGCCCUCAAGAGAUUCAUUCAGCAUUUCCAUUUUCAACCACUGUCACUCCUGCACCUAUCAGAGACACAGUUUGUGGUUCCUAAGCUUUUUCAUCGAAACAUAACAAAGUUUAGUCCCUGUUCUUUUAACCCCAGCUCAUGAUAACUUAGUGCUACUCUUGCCAUGUAGGUACCCAGCAGAUAUAUGCAUAUUUUGGGUCCCAACUCAGAGUUUAUGAGACUGUUGAAGCACAUAAAUUCUUUAAAUGUUUAGUUAUGUGGCUCUCUGUUACAAUGCCUUUGACUUGGUAAUAAUAAUGAGGAUGUGAACGUAAAGCUAAGCCUUUAAGCACUACUCAUGUCUUCGCUAUGGUACCUUAGUUCAACCCCAAAAAUGAUUCUCAUUUGGAUGAUAGAGCUCCUACUCUGUCUCCUUUAAAUAGGUACUUAAAGAUUCAGAGUAUGUGUCAGGCACCUGGGAGAAUAUAGGUGCUAAAUAAGUUACAUUUUAGAAGUUCUCACUGGGCUGAAAGCCUGGGCCUGUCUGAGUCACCUUAAUCAUCCGCAUCAGACUUCUGUUUUGAGUAUACCAAAAUUCAGGCUAUCUUUUGCCUGUCAGAUUAUGUGCCUCACUUUUCCUCUCACAUUAGUUUGGUGUCUUGUCCAGGUCCCGACGUGUAUGUGUGGCCAUGUGUGCUUCCUGAUGUUUUCUGUUUUUCUCUUUGUAUAGGUGUAAUUGCUUACUUCUGUACGUUGUGUAUAUGGAUGUACACGUGAGUGCUUGCAUCUCUGUGUGUGAAAGAGAAAAGGGUACGAGAGGAAGGAGAUUAGGGAGGAAAUUGUAGGAUUAGCUGGAUGCAAACACUUCGGGGAAUCAUCCAUGAUGCUGAAGGUGGUGUUUUUAAAAUCAAACAUGGUACUGUGACCAUUUGCCAUGUUUUCUUACUUUGAUCUCGUACGAAAUGAAAACAUGAGAGUCUGAAUGUGCCAGUCACCGAGGUUGUAGGACCCUAAAUCACAGCCAUCCAAGAUUACACCUCCUGGCCUAUGCUGAAUGUAUGAUGAGUCCGAUGUACUGUGAGCACCUGACAGCAUCUCCAGUCACUUCAGUCUCCCAUAAUCUUCUCGUGCUAUUACAGACAGCUUGAAGGUAGCGGCCCGGAGGCAGGGAGACAGUUUGCUCUGCUGCCCUUCACCGCUGCUCCGAGUGACUGACCCACCAUUGUGGGGGGAGAAAGAAAAACUCAUCAGAGCUACAUACCACUUUCUUCUUUUCUAACUGGACUGUACUGAACAGACUGGAUGCCAUCAGUGGAAAUGGUCUUCGGUCAGUGACUCAAACACAACGAUCAUAUGGCUCUGAUCAGCACUCACACACACAGAUAUACACACCUGCAUACGACUAUAAAUAUGUACACACACAUUGUAUUUGAAUCUCGAUCAAUAAGCUUAUGUAAAUACAAAUGUAUCACUUUCCAAAUAUUACAGCAUAAAUGUUGAUAGCUAUUUUAAAUAAAAAAAAAUGUUGAGAACCAUCAUAUGAUACAGAAACAGUGUUAUAAAGCCUACUGUGAAUAAUAAGUGGAGAGCCUGAUAGCGGAGGCUGUGUGUGUGUAUGUUUGUGCGUGUGUGGACCAGAUUGUGGGUGUGUGUGGUGGGGAGUGGUGUGUGUGGACGGGCCAGAGAGGCGAUGAUGUUUGUAAAGCUGUAGAUUACUGUGCCAUGUCCGUCUGAAAGCUCAGACGCGCUUUAAAUGUUUCAAAAAAUGUUACCUUAAGUGUUUUCUAUACAGUGUUUGCAAAGAUCAAAAAAACAAUGCAUAUAAAGUAUUUACCAAGACAA